AUGACGUCAGAACUUUUUGAAAAAUGGCUUCAUGAUUGGGAUCGUGAUUUGGUCAAGAAGAAGAAAAACAUUCUAAUGCUGAUUGAUAAUUGCUCGGCGCAUCCAAAUGUUACUGAUUUAAAGUCUAUAACACUUGCUUUCCUUCCGCCGAAUACAACAUCAGUACUACAGCCAACGGAUCAGGGAAUAAUACGAUCACUCAAAACGAAUUUUAGGAAGAACCUUGUGCUCAAAAUGUUUAACUGUCUUGAGGCUAAUGAAAAUAACUCUUCUACAAAAAAUAACGGUGCUAGAAGCAAUUCUGAUGGAUUCAUUGAAAGUCACGACGGUUUACCUAUUCAAAUAUCAGAACAUGAAUUCGAUGAAGAAGAUGACAUUCCUUUAUCUUUGUGGUCACGAAACCUAAAUUCAGAUUCUUUAACAGCACCGGAAAUGUGGGAAGAUUAUGUUGACGUCUAUAGCGCUACCACCGAUGAAAAUAUCGUACAGAACAUUAGUGCUAAGAAACAACUCGAAAGUGAUGGGGAAGAGGAAGUCGAGGAAGAACCAUUACCUACCGCAGAAGAGGCAUUAAAAGCUGCAGAAUUAUUAUCACGAUUUGUUCACAGCAAUAUUGAAAAUGAUAAUUUGACCAUAGCUAUGUCUUCUAUACACAAUAGAUUCAUUGAAAGUCACGACGGUUUACCUAUUCAAAUAUCAGAACAUGAAUUCGAUGAAGAAGAUGACAUUCCUUUAUCUUUGUGGUCACGAAACCUAAAUUCAGAUUCUUUAACAGCACCGGAAAUGUGGGAAGAUUAUGUUGACGUCUAUAGCGCUACCACCGAUGAAAAUAUCGUACAGAACAUUAGUGCUAAGAAACAACUCGAAAGUGAUGGGGAAGAGGAAGUCGAGGAAGAACCAUUAAAAUUAGACUUUACGUACGCAGACAAACGACCGGCAGAUUCAGAUAAGGUUACUGGACCAAAGAUGCAACGCAUUGAUACCUUAAAUCAAGAAAAGAUUAGUGAGGCAACUUAUAAUCAGGAAGCCAAAGAUGACGCUGAAGAUCUCGAGGAGGAGCAAUUGAAUUUUUUAGGGGGAAGUCCCUACUCCCGCGGAUUGAGCGAGGAGUAG